AUGAGAGAAGAGCUGAGGGCCUGUGUGGCUCUGUGUCCUCCUGGUCCAAACGUGCUGCUACUGCUGCUAAAUCCUUCUGACUUCACAGACACACAGCGACAAGCCCUGAUGUCCACCCUGAGUGUGUUUGGAGGAGCUGCCCUCCAGCACUCAAUGGUCAUCUGCACACACGCAGGGACUGAGAAGACUUUCCCUUUCCAGUUGUUACUGAGGGACUGUGGAUGGAGGCAGUACAACAUGCAGGACUAUGACCAUGAACAGUUUAUGCAGAAGAUUGACGGCAUGGUACAGAAAAACAAAGGGGCCUUCCUCACCAUCAGAGACAGCAACCCACAACCUGACCGGGUCCGGCCGGCUCUGAACCUGGUCCUGUGUGGGAGGAGGGGAGCCGGGAAGAGCUCAGCAGCCAGGGCCAUUUUAGGUCAGACAGAGCUUCUCUCCAGCUCAUCAGAGUGUGUCAGACAUCAGGGAGAGGUGUGUGGACGUGGGCUUUCUCUGCUGGAGCUGCCAGCCUUGUGUGGAAAAGCUCAGCAGGCCGUGAUGGAGGAAUCCUUCAGGUGUGUCUCCCUCUGUGAUCCUGAGGGCGUCCACGCCUUCAUCCUGGUCCUCCCUGUGGGUCCCCUCACUGAUGAAGACAAGAGGGAGGUGGAAAUCCUCCAGGACGCCUUCGGCUCUCAGCUGAAGGACUUCAUGGUGGUUCUGCUCACUGUGGAGUCAGAUCCUACAGAUCCAGCUGUUGUUAACUUUGUAAAAGGAACCAAACACAUUCAGGAGCUCUGUCAGAGGUGUGGAGGAAGAUCUCUGGUUUUCAACAUCAGGGAUGAGCAGCAGGUCCCAGAGCUGCUGCAGGAGGUGGAGAGGAGGAUGGACAGAGGGGCAAAAGGCUUCACAAAGGACCUGUUCACCAGAGCUCAGAUGGAGAAGGUGGCGAGAAUCAAAGCUGAGCUGCAGGGCGACAAACCCAGCACUUUGACUACCAAAACCAGGUUGAACCCAAGGAGUGCACUCAGGAUGGUGCUGGUUGGGAAGACGGGCAGCGGGAAGAGCUCCACUGCGAACACCAUUUUGAACCACAAACACUUUGAAUCUAGAGCCAGCAUGAGAUCUGUGACCACGGUUUGCCAGAAACAAAGAGGAAACAUCUGCGGCCGGCCUGUGGCCGUGGUGGACACUCCUGGCCUGUUCGACACGACUCUCUCCAAUGAUCAAGUCCAACGCGAGCUGGUCAAAUGCAUCGGCAUGCUGUCUCCAGGCCCUCACGUCUUCCUGCUGGUGCUGCAAAUCGGCCGAUUUACGGAAGAGGAAAGACAGGCGUUGAUCAUGAUCAGGAGGAUUUUUGGAAGAAGGUCAGCAAACUACAUCAUCGUUACGUUCACCAGAGGAGAUGAACUUGAUGGAAAGUCGAUUGAAGACUACAUCGAGACAGAGUGCGACGACUACGUAAAACAGCUGAUACGCGAGUGUGGCAACAGGUACCAUGUCUUCAACAACAAGGAUCAAACUAACCGCACACAGGUCUCCGAGCUCCUGGCCAAGAUCGAGGGCAUGGUGGCGGAGAGCGGCGGUGGCUGCUACAGCACUGAGAUGUUUCAGGAGGCCGAAGAGGCCAUACAGGAGGCGACCAGGAGGCUGCUCAAGGAGAAGGAAGAAGAGAUGAGGAGAGAAAUGAGGGAACAGGAAAUGAAGCACGAAGAAGAGAUGCGCAGCAUGAAAAGACAAAUGGAAGAGCAAAUAGCUAAAACUGAAUCGGAAAAAGAAGAAAUAUUACAACUUCUAAAAGACAAAGAGGAGUACAUCAACAAUGAGCGUGAGCGGAGAGAGAGAGAACAGCAAACCACAGAAGAAGAAGACAGAAGAAGGAGACAGGAGGAGGAAAUUGAAAGGCAAGAAUGGAGAGACAAACUCAUCAGUUUGGAAAGUCAAAUUUCCGAAUCAGAGUCAAAUCAAGAGCUGCUCAGAGAACUGCAGGAAACCAGAGAGGAACUGAGAAGACGGCAGGAAGCCUGGGAGAUGGAAAGAGAAGAAUGGUGGAGGAACCGGUAUGAGGAGGCCAUACUGAGAAAGGAGAGGGAGGAUAUGAGAGUCAGAGAGCUGAGAGAAGAAUACGAACAGGAAAAGGAGCGGUUAAACAGAAAGAUGAGAACUGACUGCAUCAGAAUAAACCAGGAGGUAAAAAGAAGAAAAGAUUUACAAGAAGACCACGCCAAAAAAAUGGCACAGCUGAUACAGACGCAUGAGGAAGAAGCCAGAAGUAAAGCAGAGGAAUUUAAUCGGUUUCAAGAAAGAUACACCAGAGACUUUGAGUCCCUGAUGAAACAUUACGACGAAGAGUUAAAGGAUCUGACGGUGACAUGCGAGAUGUUAAUGAGAGAGAAGGAGGAUCACCAGAGAGAGUACGCCCACCUCCACAGCCUGUCCAGACACAAAGAGCAGACACUGAGGAAGGAAAUGCAGGAGCUGAAGGAGAGGAAACGAGAGGAGCUGAACAGCUUGCAAAAGAAACAUGGCUGCAUCUUAGCCUGA